UGUGAAAGAUGAACGUGGCAACUUUAAAAUUCCUUCAAUCAGGGAAGACGGUCGCGAAAAGUCAAAAAGUGGAACUGUAAAAGCAAAUGAGAGAGAAUGCGAUGGUGCUAUUAAACGAAAGACUGUAGCCUCAGAUGAACGAACGAAUGAUUUGAAAGAACUUCAUCAAGAAAGAAGA